UAGCAGAGAGCCGCCGCCCCUCCACCCAAUGGAGAAGUUGGAAGUGUCGUCUGGGGCGGGCCUGUUGUCAUGGGGGAGGUGGUGGCGCUUGGUGGCUCCUGGCGGCCGAGGUAGAGUCUGAGGCGCCGGAGUUGUGCAGGGCCAGCGGCAGUUUUCAGAUUUUGGAGCCUAAGGAACAUUUUCCAGGGAAGACUGCCAGUGCAGACAUUUUGGCAACCAAGAUCUUGAUACGUAGCCAAAGACUGGAAUACUGGUGGGCCACAGUCCUCAGAAACCUUAAGACAGAUGAGGAAACUGACACUUGGUGAAGUUACGAAAUUUGUCCAAAGUCACACAGCUUGUAAAAGGCACAGCCAAGAUUCAGAGCCAGGUUGUAAAAGUUAACAUGAACAAACUACGGCAGAGUUUUAGGAGAAAGAAAGAUGUGUAUGUCCCAGAGGCCAGUCGUCCACAUCAGUGGCAGACAGAUGAAGAAGGAGUCCGAACUGGAAAGUGUAGCUUCCCAGUUAAGUACCUUGGCCACGUAGAAGUUGAUGAGUCCAGAGGAAUGCACAUCUGUGAAGAUGCUGUGAAAAGAUUGAAAGCUGAAAGGAAGUUCUUCAAAGGCUUCUUUGGAAAAACGGGGAAGAAAGCAGUGAAGGCGGUUCUGUGGGUGUCGGCCGAUGGACUCAGGGUUGUGGACGAGAAGACCAAGGACCUCAUAGUUGACCAGACCAUAGAGAAGGUUUCUUUCUGUGCUCCAGACAGGAACUUUGACAGAGCCUUUUCUUACAUAUGUCGAGACGGCACUACUCGGCGCUGGAUCUGCCACUGCUUCAUGGCUGUCAAGGACACGGGGGAAAGACUGAGCCACGCCGUGGGCUGUGCUUUUGCAGCCUGUUUAGAGCGGAAACAGAAACGGGAGAAGGAGUGUGGAGUCACUGCUACUUUUGACGCCAGUAGAACCACCUUUACAAGAGAAGGAUCGUUCCGAGUCACAACUGCCACUGAACAAGCAGAACGAGAAGAGAUCAUGAAACAGUUGCAAGAUGCCAAGAAAGAGACAGAUAAGGCAGUUGUUGGUUCAUCAGUGGCCCCUGGCAACACUGCUCCAUCCCCAUCCUCUCCCACCUCUCCCACUUCGGAUGCCACUGCCUCUCUGGAGAUGAACAAUCCUCAUGCCAUCCCACGCCGGCAUGCACCAAUUGAACAGCUUGCUCGCCAAGGCUCCUUCCGGGGAUUUCCUGCUCUUAGCCAGAAGAUGUCACCCUUUAAACGCCAACUAUCCCUACGCAUCAAUGAGUUGCCUUCCACUAUGCAGAGGAAGACUGAUUUCCCAAUAAAAAACGCAGUGCCAGAGGUAGAGGGAGAGGCGGAGAGCAUCAGCUCCCUGUGCUCGCAGAUCACCAGUGCCUUCAGCACACCCUCUGAGGACCCCUUUUCCUCGGCCCCAAUGACCAAACCAGUGACGCUGGUGGCACCGCAGUCUCCUGUCUUACAAGCUAAUGGCACUGACCCAGCCUUCCCUGUGCUUACUGCUAAGCCAGCCAAUACUGCUCUAGCACCCGCAGCCAUGCCUGUGCGUGAAACCAACCCUUGGGCCCAUGCCCCUGAUGCUGCUAACAAGGAAAGUGCAGCCAUACGUCCGGGGACUGAGUGGGGUCAGUCUUCAGGUGCUGCCUCUCCAGGUCUCUUCCAGGCUGGUCAUAGACGAACUCCCUCUGAGGCUGACCGCUGGUUAGAAGAAGUCUCAAAGAGUGUCCGGGUCCAGCAGCCCCAGCCCCAGCCCUCAGCGGCCGCUCUGCAGCCAGCUCUGCAGCCUCCUCCACCUGCCGCCACGGCCCCACCAGCAGCACCUUUCCAAGGAAAUGCAUUCCUCGCCUCUCAGCCUGUGCCCGUCGGUGUGGUCCCACCCCUGCAGCCGGCCUUUGUCCCUGCCCAGUCCUACCCUGUGGCCAAUGGGAUGCCCUAUGCAGCCUCUAACGUGCCUGUAGUGGGCAUCACCCCGUCCCAGAUGGUAGCUAACGUGUUUGGCACUGCAGGCCAUCCUCAGGCCACUCAUCCCCACCAGUCCCCAAGCCUGGCCAGGCAGCAGACAUUCCCUCAGUAUGAGACGAGCAGUGCUACCACCAGCCCCUUCUUUAAGCCUCCUGCUCAGCACCUCAAUGGUUCUGCAGCUUUCAACGGCGUCGACGAUGGCAGGCUGGCCUCAGGAAGCAGGCACGCAGAGGUCCCUGCGGGCGCCUGCCCCGUGGAUCCUUUCGAAGCCCAGUGGGCCGCACUAGAAAGCAAGUCCAAGCAGCGCACUAACCCCUCCCCUACCAACCCUUUCUCCAGCGACCUACAGAAGACGUUUGAAAUAGAACUUUAGACAAUCUCUGUGACGUGUCUUUUCUGUACUUAGGCAAGGACAGGGGGCAGAGGAGCGAAGGGGACUGUGCCUUCCUGAUGAGUACACUUCACUAAUCCCUAAGUCCCAAGGAGCAAGUCCAAGCACAGAGUCCAGUGAGGGCGGUGUCCACAGGGUGAGGAAAGCACUCCUGGAGAGGACCGCCCUGCAGCUAAGCUAGAGAAAUCAAGGAAAUGUUGCCCUUCCAAGUCUCUGGCAAUAGAGAGGCCCAAGUAUCUGAAGAGGAAUCUGUAUUCAAAGCACAUAUACUGGAAUAUAAAACGUAACAGUAAGCAAAACAAUCUCCCUUUAUUUUUCAAGCCAGUCACCCAUUCCUCCCAGGAUGGCCUGUCUUAGCUCUGUAGAGAACAGUGUGGCUUGUGCAGGCUGGGAAGCAAGGCAGGCCAUGGCCUGCAGGGUUCACAGGAGGGCACAGCGGCAGCUGCCCAGCAGAGCUAUGUACUGGGGAUAAAGCUGAGCUUCCAUUUUGAGUAACAGGAUAAAUAUUAUAAAUAUAUAUAUAUAUAUAUCAAAAAAGCCAAAUCUUUAUUUUUAUGCACCUAGAAUAUUUUAAAUAGUUCUCAAUAUUAAAAAGUUGUAUGAGUUGUAAGUAAUCUUGCCAAAAGUGAGCGGGUUAGUUGUAAGAAAUUGUACAUAAGAUUGAUUUAUCAUUGAUGCCUAUUGAAGUAAAGAGGGAGGGUUGGGAAAUGUAGGCAGGAGCCCUGGCUUGUCUGUGAUCAUUCAUCGUAACUAAUGCAUUGCAACAACAAUCAUACUGAUGACCAGUACAGUCACUAGGUUGUAGUUUUAAAUAAAUCGAAAGCAGUGUUGUCCUGUUUUAAACCUAUGGUGAAAUUCUAAUGUCAUUAUUUUAAUGGAAUCAAUCUCCACUCUAGAGAAUGUGUAUUAUCUUUAUUGUUGCAGUUGCCUCCUGUUAAUCCUUUAUCAUCAAGGUGACAGUGACAUCAUCUUAUCCAGAAAGGGAACGCAGGCUGUUGUGUUGGUUUGCAGUGUGGGUCUGAGUGGGUUCCCCUUGACGUUCUGUUCCCGUGAGUUUUGUAGGACGAGGAUCCUGGAUGUAUCUGCUCUGUGUGUCCCCUUCUUCCCGUCAUGAACAGAACAUCCCAUGCCAGUUGCAGCUACUUGACCUCGGGUAACACCGGGAGACCCCAGCUCAUUUUUACUUUUGAACGUUGGCCUUACAAUCAAAUGUAAGUUAUAUAUACAUAUAUAUAUAUAUAUUUGUACUGAUGAGAAUUUAUAAUCUGCUUUAACAAAAAUAAAUGUUCGUGGUAGAAGCUUUUGCCCAGGAGGGGCUGUUCUUAUUUGCAAA